GAGUAGGAGAAAGCAGGAAGUGUGGCUCUGCUCUGAGGGCAGAGGGGAACCAUCAGCUGUCACCCCCCUUAUAGACACAUCAGUACAGACUGAUGUGACAGCUGGAGUCACAACAGCUGAUUAGUCGUUCCUGUCUCACUGAAGACAGCUAGAAUUAAACCUGCUCAAGCGCAUGCGCAAUUCAUACAUCGUCUCCACGGAUGAGCCUGAUCGCAAGAAGACAGUAGGACCUGUUUAAGGUGGUAUCUGCAGUUGGUUGGGAUAAAUCCGGGACUGGAACACCGGAAACACGCCCUCUGCAGGAGGAACCGAGGAACAAUGUCAGCGAUUUCAGAGGACGAGUGGAAAACGGCUCUGACUGAAAUCCUCGCGAAGCUGGAAGACAAAGAGUACGACAAGAUGUGGGAUUUUAUCUCAGAAAUCCCCAAACAGAGGAAGACCGCCAAAUUAAAAAAAGAGAUGCCCCAAAGAAUCAUUAAGCAAUAUGGAGUGGAAAAAUCUAUCCAGAAAAUCAGGAAAGCCAUGGAUCGGCUUCCCAGGAAGGACCCUGCAGUCCAGGACCUGCUGCGCCCCUUUGUGGACAAACUGAAGAUCAAACAGGACACGGAGAAAAAAGGAAAGAGGAAACGCACUGAAACUGAUUCAAAGCCUGAAGCUGGGAGGAGCAGCACUGCGAGCGCUUCUUCAGAUGAAGAGCAAGAAGCUGAAGAUAAAAAUGAUGAUGAACCGCAGAGCUCUCAGCCUCAAAAGGAGAGAAGAAGCCAGCUGUGGAGAAAAUCCAUCCAUGAUCUAAAGAUCGUUGGUCAACUUGGAAACAAAGCCAUUGCAGGCAAAGUGGUGCAGAAAUCUGGUCUGCGUACAUAUCAAACCAAAAACAAGGAGGAAAAGUUUUUCUUCUACCUCGGGGUGGCUGAUGAAACCAGCAGCAUUAAAGUGAUGGUGUAUGGAAGAGAGCGCUAUCAGGUUUUCAGUGAGGGGAGCUGCUACCUGUUCAGAGACGUCAUCAUGGAGGAAGAUCUCAUGAAAGUGACCAAAAUGAGCAACAUAUCAAAGGCUGCACCUCUCCAUGUCCCUGAGAAUCUGGAGAUGGAAGCUCGGACGCUCGUUGAUUCCCAGAUCCCAGUUUGCUCCAUCGCACAGGCUGAAAGGUCAGAAGAGAAGACCUCAGUGAGUGUUGAAGGAACCAUAACAGAGAUCGGAUCAGUUGAAAACAUCAAGCUGAAGGCCAAACGGGGAAAGAAGGACAAGCAAGAGUUCAAACUUGAAGAUGGAACAGGUUCCAUCAGGGUCACGCUGUGGGGUGACGACAUCAAGCAUCUCAGAGGAAUAUCACAUGGAGACGUUGCCAGGGUGACCAACGUAAAGACCAGUCGCUUCGGUGAUUCAGUGUCGCUGAACUCGACGGAUUCCACCAAAAUACUGAAGGUUCAAAGUGCUGCGGUCCAGAACGUCACCAUCGAGAUCAUCGGGAUCACAAAAGCCAGCGGGACGCAGACGGAGCUGGAAGCAGAGAUCAGCUGUAACAAUGAAGUGCAGCGAUUUGUGGUGGAUUCGUCACUGCUGGCAGGCGUGGUUGGAGUCAAACUGAAGGGCGACUUUGAGGAAAGGCUCCUGAGCAAACUGCCGUUCUCAGCUGAUGUAGAAAUCGAAGGAAACAAGAUCAAUAAAAUUACAGCCACCAAAGAGUGAAGAUGAUUUCCACUGUUCACUCCAUGAAUCUGGACUGGAUUCAUUUAUUUUACUUUAACAAAAAUAAUUUUUUUAACAACUAUUUUUAAUAUGAUCAUUAAAUCUGUGAGUUACAGCAGUGAAAAUGUCUGAUUACACAGUGUGAGUUAUUUUAUUCUGAUUUAUUCUCUGUUGUGUUUGAGCUGAAUAUUCAUAAUCAUUCCCAGUCCUGGAAGUUCAGGAAUUCUUGUGAUCGAAUCAUCAGGUCUGGAAAUUAAGCUUAAUAAAUAAAUGUUUACACAGUUCUGCAGGGACUACAUUCAUCUGACAGAAAGAAAAAAUGAUUCAUGGUUUUAUCCUGUAUUAUUGUGGGCUGGGGAGCAUGGACAGGAUCAGUAACUGUACUCAUUAACCUACAUUAAAUCACAGAUUUAAGCUAUUGAAGUGUUUCUGUGUUGUUACUUUCUGCGUUUUGGAUACAAAUAUUCUUAAGUUAUUUUGCAGAGUUUAAAAUAUAAAUCUGCUAAUGUUUGUUGCUGCAUUAAUACAAAUAAAGU